CGCUGUGAAAAAUGCAACAGAUUAGGUCAUAUGGCUCAGCUUUGCCAAGUUCUGAGGCCUUGGGAAUGCAUUCCUCUCAUGUGUGGGUUUCAGUCGCCUGGUCAGGGAUUCUUCUAUAUUCCUGAUAUGUGUGCUGCUAAACAUAGUGCAGAGAAAACUAAUAAUGUGGUGAUUACUAUAGUGGAGGGUGAUGCUACUGUUAAAGACAUUGAGCAGGAAUUUAAUGCUAUAUUUGCCAAAAAACCUGGGAAAAAGAAAUGGCGCUGUACGGCCCGCUCUAUUGGCCCUGCUCAGUAUGUGAUGCGAUUCCCUAAUGCUAGUGAAGUAGAAAGGGCAUGUUGUUAUGGAAAACGCUUGCCUCUGAAGGAAGGGAACAUUGUUGUAUGUAUUACUCCUUGGACUGCUUCUAUUGGAGCCAAAGGCAUUAUGGAGAAAGCAUGGGUUAGGGUUCACAACAUUCCCAUAGAGAAAAGAUGCACUGAACAUAUAGCUUAUGCUGGAGCUCUAGUUGGGAUUACUUUAGAAGUUGAUGAAUCGACCGUUCAUAAACCUGACUAUGCUAGAAUCCUUCUCGGUUGUAGAGAGGUUGAGAAAAUUCCCCCUUCAGCUGAAGGAAUGCUGGGAGAACAGUAUUAUGAUUUUUUCUAUGAAGUUGAAAAAGUUGUGACUGUGGGUGCUGAGAAAAGUCAGUCCUAUACUGCUGUGGAUAGCAGUGCAUCUCCUUCCUUCCCCAAGAAAGCAAGGAUGGACUCAUAUCCUGCUUCUUCCAUGGGGCAGGGGGAGACGAAUACAUCCAUGACUGGUAAUGUUUCCUCUCAGAACUAUGGUAAGGGUAUGCAGAGGCUUCCGGCAGUGGCUGAGAGUGAAGAAGAAGAUGAGAGUGAGGAAGGUAACAACACAGAGCUUCUGAUUGAGACUAUGGCCAGAGAACAUGCGGCUGAAAAAAUGUCUUAUUGUGGAUCUCAAUCUGAUAAAAAAUCAUGUGAGAAUGUCUCUAAGGAUUUGAAAGUGGAAGAGAUGACUGAAUCUCCCAGUAAUGAGAUCAGUGUGCAUCAAGGUGCUUGGGGAAUGAUUACUCCUGUUCCACCCUCACCUCUGUUUAUGUGUCACGAUGUGAAUACUUAUGGGAAUGCUUUUCCUCCCUUGUCAGACUAUGUGGUUUGGCCCUCCCUGCCUCACAUUGUGCCUCUCGAAGAGGGUUUCAUGGAAGGAGGAGAAAACUGCAGUGUCUAUACAGUUGAAUCUCCCUCUGGAUCCCCAAUUCAUGACUGCAUGAGUCAGGGAGAAGAUAUCUCGCGCAGACAGAAGCAGAAGUUGGAGAAGGUGGGAGAUGUGGCCACCAACAGAAUGAAGAAGCGCAAUUUGGAAGGUUUGCUAAAGGAAGAAGAAAGGGCGAAGCUCCAGGCUGGAGUGAAGAGGUUGGCUCACGCGGCUGCUGCGCUGGCGGACAGGUCCCUCCCUCGAGGCAGAUCCCUUUUGGGUGACAGAGAAGGGAUCCAGAUUGGUUAGCAGUGCUCAGCGCUCGGUCCUUUUGCUUGCCGCCUCCCACUGGGGUUUGAUGCCCGCUGGUUUUAUGUCUUCUGGUUACGGUUAGCCUAGUCGCAGAUGUUGUUUAACUUGCCUCAUCCUGGGAUUUCCUCUCCUGUCGUUUUUGGGCUGCGGUUUGUGAGUGUCAUCAGGUUUUCGUCCCAUGGCGGGUGGUCCGUUCCAGGAUCAUCCUGCGGUGGGUUUCCUGAUGGUGCGCCAGCUCGCUCUCCCCUUUCAGCUUCAUUUGAUCUCAA